AUGGUGCAAUACAAGCUCACCUAUUUUGACGCCCGUGGACUUGCUGAGCCAGCUCGGUUAAUCUUGAAUUAUGCUGGAGUCAAGUUUGAGGACGAACGAAUCGCCCCCGGCCCCGAAAAUCUUAACCCUAUUAGAGACCGUAGGUUUCAAGUAUUCAUAACCAAGCAAAGCUUUAGAACUUCCUUUCGGGCAAGUGCCAGUGCUCACCAUUGAUGGGAAGACAAAGAUUGCUCAGAGCUUGGCCAUCUUCCGCUUCCUUGGCCGUCGUCACGGUCUUGGUGGAAAAGACGAAGUUGAGCAAGCAGUCAUCGAUAGUUACGGCGAAUUCAUAUACGAUCUUCUGGCAAACGGGCGUGCUUAUACUGGAGUUGCUUCUGGCCGAACCCAAGGAGACAAAGAAAAGCUUCAGAAGGAGUUCCAAACUUUUAUCGACACCAAGUGGGAGAAAUACUUCAACAAGCUGGUUGAGGUACGUUGACAUGGUAAAAUAAAACCGAGGAAGUCCAAACUCCCGAUUAUACUUUAAACUAAUUUUAGGCCUCUGGAAGCGGAUUUCUGCACAAAUCUGGCGUCACCUGGCCUGAUUUUAUUAUAACGAAUAUUUAUGAGAGCGCAACCACAUAUAAGCUGGAUCCUGUGUUGAAGAUGAAGAACUUUAAAGCAAUCCAUGACAAAGUCAAGGCGCUGCCUCAGCUCAAGACUUACUUUGCUCAACGCAAACAAACAGCAAAUUGA